AUGGACACCCACUUCAGUGGUGCCACCACACCCUCAACAGUCUCCUCAAGUGAUGCAUCCUCUUCCUCAACUACAUUGACUUUCACUUCAAGUGUUACCACCACUCCCUCAACAGUAGCUUCAAGUGAUGCCACUGCUACUGCAUCAACAUCAGCAGUCUCUUCAAGUGAUGCCACCACUCCUUCUACAGUCACUUCAAGCAGUCCCACCACUCCCUCAACAGUCACUUCAAAUGUUGCCACCACACCCUCAACAGUCACUUCAAGUGAUGCCACCUCUCCCUCAACUACAUUGACUUUCACUUCAAGUGUUACCACCACUACUACACCGACAGAAAUAUUAACUGUGGCCACAAUUCCUUCAACUACAUUGACAGUCACUUCAAUUCAUAACACCACUAUUACAUCAUCAUCAGCAGUCACUUCAAGCAAUGCCACCGCUCCUUCAAAAUUAGCUUCAAGUGGUGCCACCGCUACAACAUCAAUUUCAGUAGUCUCUUCAAGUGAUGUAACCACUGCUUCAACAGUCACUCCAAGUGACGCCACCAAUCCCUCAACUGCAUUGACAUCAACUUCAAAUGAUGCCACCACUCCCUCAUCUACAUCAAUAGUCACUUCAAGUGAUGCCACCACUACUACAUCAGCAUUCAGUUCAAGUGAUGCCAUCUCUCCCUCGACAUCAACAGUCUCUUCAAGUGAUGCCACCGCUACUAUAUCAACAUCAGCAGUCUCUUCAAGUGAUGCCACCACUCCCUCAACUGCAUCAAUAGUCACUUCAAGUGAUGCCACCACUACUACAUCAACAUCAGCAGUCACUUCAAGCAAUAACACUGUUCCUUCAACAUUCACUUCAAGUGAUGCCACCGCUACCACAGCAACAUCAGCAUUCACUUCAAGUGAUGCCACCACUCCCUCGACAUCAAUAUUCACUUCAAAUAAUGCCACCUCUCACUCAACUACAUCGACAGUCACUUCAGACGAUACUACAUCAACAUCCACUUCAAGUGAUGCCACCACACCCUCAAGUACAUUGACAGUCAGUUCAAGUGUUGCCACCACUCUGUCAACAGUCACUUCAGGUCAUGCCACCACUACUACACCAAGAGUAACUUCAAAUGCUGCCAUCAUUCCCUCAACUACAUCAACACCCACUUCAAGUGAUGCCACCACUCCUUCAAGUACAUCGACAAUCAGUUCCAGUUUUGCCACCACUCUGUCAACAGUCACUUCAGGUGAUGCCACCUCUUCCUCAACUACAUCAACUUUAACUUCAAGUGAUACCACCACUACUACACUGACAGUAACAUUAACUGUGGACAGAAUUCCCUCAACUACGUCGACAGUCAGGUCAAGUGAUGCCACCACUGCCUCAACAGUCACUUCAAGUCAUGAUUCCAAUGUUACAUCAACAUCAGCAGUAACUUCAAGGGAUGCCACCGCUCAUUCAAAAUUCGCCUCAAGUGAUGCCAACUCUACUAAAUCAUCAUCAUCAGCAGUCACUUCAAGCAUUAACAUCGUUCCUUCAACAUUCACUUCAAGUGAUGCCACCGCUACCACAUCAACAUCAGCAUUCACUUCAAGUGAUGCCACCACUCCCUCAACAUCAAUAUUCACUUCAAGUGAUGCCACCAAUCCCUCAACUGCAACGACAUCAACUUCAAAUGAUGCCACCACUACUACACCGACAUUAACAGUAAUUUCAAGCGAUUCCACCACUCCCUCAAAAGCCACUUCAAGUGAUGCCACCACUCCCUCAUCUACAUCAAUAGUCACUUCAAGUGAUGGCACCACUCCCUCAACUGCAUUGACAUCAACUUCAAAUGAUGCCACCUCUCCCUCGACAUCAAUAUUCACUUCAAUUGAUGCCACCUCUCCUCCUACAUUCGCUUCAAGCAAUCCCACCACUCCCUCAACAGUCACUUCAAGUGAUGCCACCUCUCCCUCAACUACAUCGAUAGUCACUUCAGAUGAUACUACAUCAACAACCACUUCAAAUGUUGCCACCACUGCCUCAACAGUCACUUCAAGUAAUGCCAUCACUCCCUCAACUACACUGAUAGUAACUUCAGAAAAUGCCACAUGGACACCCACUUCAGGUGAUGCAACCUCUUCCUCAACUACAUCAACAUUCACUUCAAGUGGUGCCACCACACCCUCAACAGUCACUUCAAGUGAUGCCACCUCUCCCUCAACUACAUUUACUUUCACUUCAAGUGUUACCACCACUACUACACUGACAGAAAUAUUAACUGUGGCCACAAUUCCUUCAACUACAUUGACAGUCACUUCAAGUGAUGACACCACUGCUUCAACAGUCACUCCAAGUGAUGCCACCGCUACAACAUCAAUUUCAGUAGUCUCUUCAAGUGAUGUAACCACUCCCUCAACAGUCACUCCAAGUGACGCCACCAAUCCUUCAACUGCAUCGACAUCAACUUCAAGAGAUGCCACCACUACUACAUCGACAUUAACAGUAAUUUCAAGCGAUACCACCACUCCCUCAAAAACCACUUCAAGUCAUGCCAACACUACUACAUCAACAUCAGCAGUCACUUCAAGCGAUAACACUGUUCCUUCAACAUUUACUUCACGUGGUGCCACCGCUACUACAUCAGCAUCAGCAUUCAGUUCAAGUGAUGCCAUCUCUCCCUCGACAUCAACAGUCUCUUCAAGUGAUGCCACCGCUACUAUAUCAACAUCAGCAGUCCCUUCAAGCGAUGCCACCACUACCUCGACAUCAACAGUCACUUCAAGAAAUGCCACCUCUCCCUCGACAUCAACAGUCACUUCAAGUGAUGCCACCACUCCCUCGACACUAACAGUUACUUCAAGUGAUGCCACCUCUCCCUCGACAUCAACAGUCACCUCAAGUGAUUCCACCACUACAUCAACAGUCACUUCAAAUGAUGCUACCGCUACAUCGACAGUCACUUUAAGUGAUGCGACCUCUCCCUCAACUACAUUGACAGUCACAGCUAGUGAUGCCACCUCUAACUCAACAUCAACAGUCACUUCAAGUGAUGCCACCGCGACUAUAUCAACAUCAGCAGUCUCUUCAAGUGAUGCCACCAAUCCCUCAACUGCAUCGACAUCAACUUCAAAUGAUGCCACCACUCCCUCAUCUACAUCAAUAGUCACUUCAAGUGAUGCCACCACUACUACAUCAACAUCAGCAGUCACUUCAAGCAAUAACACUGUUCCUUCAACAUUCACUUCAAGUGGUGCCACCACUACUACAUCAACAUCAGCAGUCACUUCAAGCGAUAUCACUGUUCCUUCAACAUUCACUUCAAGUGGUGCCACCACUCCCUCAACAUCAAGAGUCACUUCAAGUGAUGCAACCUCUACCUCAACUACAUCUACAGUCACGCCAAGUAAUGCCACUACUAAGUCAACAUCAACAGUCAGUUCAAGAGAUACUACCACUACAGCAACAGUCAGUUCAAGUGAUGCUACCACUACAUUGUCAGUAUCUUCAAGUGAUGCCACCUCUCCCUCGACAUCAACAGUCACUUCAAGUGAUGCUACCACUACAUCAACAGUCCCUUCAAUUGAUCCCACCACUACCUCAACAUUAACAGUCACUUCAAGUGAUGCCUCCACUCCUUCGACAUCAACAGUCACUUCAAGUGAUGCCACCAAUACAUCAACAGUCACUUCAAGUUAUGCUACCACUACAUUGACAGUCACUUCAAGUGAUGCUUCCACUACAUCGACAGUCUGUUCAAGUGAUGCCUCCACUCCGUCGACAUCAACAGUCACUUCAAGUGAUGCCACCACUACAUCAAUAGUCACUUCAAGUGAUCCCACCACUACCUCGACAUUAACAGUCACUUCCAGAAAUGCCACCUCUCCCUCAAUAUCAACAGUCACUUCAAGAUAUGCAACCUCUCCCUCAACUACAUCUACAGUCACGCCAAGUAAUGCCACCUCUCCCUCGACAUCAACAGUCAGUUCAAGUGAUACUACCGCUACAGCAAUAGUCAGUUCAAGUGAUACUACCUCUACAUCGACAGUAUCUUCAAGUGAUACCACCUCUCCCUCGACUUCAACAGUCAAUUCAAGUGAUGCCACCACUACAUCAACAGUCACUUCAAGUGAUGCUACCACUACAUUGACAGCUACUUCAAGUGAUGCCACCGCUUCCUCAACUACAUCAAUAGUCAUUCCAAGUGAUGUCACCUCUCCCUCUACAUCAACAGUUACUUCAAGUAGUGCCACCACUACAUCGACAGUCAUUCCAAGUGAUGCCACCACUCACUCGACAUCAACAGUCACUUCAAGAGAUGCCACGUCUCCCUCGACAUCAAACGUCACGCCAAGUUAUGCCACCACUUCCUCAACUACAUCAACAGUCACUUCAAGUGAUGAUACCGCUACAUCGACUUCAACAGUCACUUCAAGUGAUGCUACUACUACAUUGACAGUCCCUUCAAGUGAUCCCACCACUACCUCGACAUCAACAGUCACUUCAAGUGAUGCAAUCUCACCCUCAACUACAUCUACAGUCACGCCAAGUAAAGCCACCUCUAAGUCAACAUCAACAGUCAGUUCAAGUGAUACUACCACUACAGCAACAGUCAGUUCAAGUGAUGCUACCACUACAUCAUCAGUAUCUUCAAGUGAUGCCACCUCUCCCUCGACAUUAACAUUCACUUCAAGUGAUGCCACCUCUCCUUUGACAUCAACAGUCACUUCAAGUGAUCCCACCGAUUCCUCGCCUACAUCAAUUGUCUCUUCAAGUGAUGCCACCUCUCCCUCGACAUCAACAGUAUUUUCAAGUGAUACCACCUCUUCCUUGACAUCAACAGUAUUUUCAAGUGAUGCCACCACUCCCUCGACAUUAAAAGUCACUUCAAGUAAUGCCACGUCUCCCUCGACAUCAACAGUCACUUCAAGAAAUGCCACCUCUUCCUCGACAUCAACAGUCACUUCAAGUGAUGCCACCAAUACAUCAACAGUCACUUCAAGUGAUGCUACCACUACAUUGACAGUCACAUCAAGUGAUGCUACCACUACAUCGACAGUCUCUUCAAGUGAUGCCUCCACUCCUUCGACUUUAACAGUCACUUCAAAUGAUGCCACCACUACAUCAACAGUCACUUCAAGUGAUCCCACCACUACAUCGACAGUCCCUUCAAUUGAUCCCACCACUACCUCGGCAUUAACAGUCACUUCAAGAAAUGCCACCAAUACAUCGACAGUCUCUACAAGUGAUCCCUCCACUCCUUCGACUUUAACAGUCACUUCAAGUGAUGCCACCACUACAUCAACAGUCACUUCAAGUGAUCCCACCACUACAUCGACAGUCCCUUCAAUUGAUCCCACCACUACCUCGGCAUUAACAGUCACUUCAAGAAAUGCCACCAAUACAUCAACAGUCCCUUCAAGCGAUGCCACCACUACCUCGACAUCAACAGUCACUUCAAGAAAUGCCACCUCUCCCUCGACAUCAACAGUCACCUCAAGUGAUUCCACCACUACAUCAACAGUCACUUCAAAUGAUGCUACCACUACAUCGACAGUCACUUUAAGUGAUGCGACCUCUCCCUCAACCCCAUUGACAGUCACAGCUAGUGAUGCCACCUCUAACUCAACAUCAACAGUCACUUCAAGGGUUGCUACCACUGCAUCGAUAGUCUCUUCAAGUCAUAACACCUCUCCUUCAACUACAUCAAUGUUUAUUUCAAGUGAUGGCACCUCUUCUUCUACAUCGAAUGUCACAUCAAGUAAUGCCACCACUAUAUCAACUUUCACUUCAAGUAAUGCCACCACUACAUCAACAGUCACUUCACGUAAUGCCACCACUACAUCAACAGUCACUUCAGGUGAUGCCUCCACUGCAGAGACAGCCAGUUCAAGUGUUGACACUAUUCCCUCCACUUCAACAGUUUCUUCAACUGUGGUCACCAUUCCCUCAACUACAUUGACGGUUACUUCAACUGUGGCAACCAUUCCGUCAAAUACACUGACAAGUGAUGCCACAACUACUACAUCAACAUCAGAGGUAACUUCAAGCGAUGCAACAAUUCCCUCAACAGUCUCUUCAAGUGUGGUCACCACUCACUCAACAGUCACUUCAAAUGAUACCACCACUCCCUCAACUACAUCUAUUGUCACUUCAAGUUAUACCACCUCUCCCUUGCAAUAUACAGUCACUUCAAGUGACGCCACCUCUCCCUCAACUACAUCGACAGAGAACUCAAUUGUUGACACUACUCUCUUGAUAUCAACACCCUCUUCAAAUUAUAUUACAUCAACAGUCACUUCAAGUGAUCCCACAACUCCCACUUCUCCAUCAACAGCCACAAGUGAGGUCACCACUCUAAGACUAAUAAUGUCAUCAACAAGUGGUACUACUACAGUGUUAACAGGUACAGAUACCUCAGCAGUUGUAGCAGUAUCUACACCGUCCACCCCUUCACUAGGACUAACAUCCAGAGACACUACUUUGGUGACAACAAUCAAAACCACUGUUGCAGAAUGCAUGUCAGAUGCUCUGUUGAAUGUCAUCAGGCUGGAGGAUGUCACCAGUAAGUUAAUCAGUGUGAGUUGGACUGGUAUUACCCUGGACCAGCAGAUACAGUACAAGGUGAAGCUGGCGUCUAAUUCCAACACAACUCAGAUUGAGACCUCGGCCACCAAAGCUGUUUUCUCAGACCUUACUCCUGGAACCAUAUACACUCUGAUGAUUGAGUACUUAUCCUGCUACAUCAAGAAAAACAUUUCAAGAGACAUAAUCACUGCUGGAAAGGUCUAUGAAUCUUCCACUCGAAUUCCAGGCAGAGAGUUUUUGUCUGAUUAUUCAAAUCAAUCCAGCAAACUUUACAAAGACUUUGUGGCCAAUUUUACCAUGCAGGUGGAAAACAAUCUCCCAAAAGCAUACCAGGACCUUACCAGGGCUAAAGAAAUGGUGGUGGUUGUGACAGGUGUUCACAGAGGAAGUGUGAUCGUUGACUUUGAUCUGGUCAUUGCUCUGGAGGUUAAACUGUCAACCUCUGACGUGCAGAACAGUGUCAUUAAUGCGCUGAAAUUAUCUGCACUCGGAGUAGAUCUGAAUUUCACCUCAGUCAAAGAGGCAGAUGUCUGCCAACGAGGCGAUUACACAUGCUCAAAAAAUGCCAGCUGUGUCAGAGAGGGACCCUCACAUUCAUGUGAAUGUAAGGCAGGAUUCUACGACGAAAACCCAACCGUACCGGGUACUGACUGCAAGAGAAAUAUCUCUCCAGGUGCAGAUCCAUGUAAAGGCUUGUGUUCAUCAUGUGCUCAGUGUGUGGUUGGUCCUGGAGGCAGCCAUGAAUGUAGCUGCUAUCCUGGUUUGAUAGAUCAGAAUUCUGUUAAUCCUGGGAAGCUAUGCAAAGAUCCUGUCGACUGUUUUGAUCAAGAAAAUGACAUUUGCUCAUCCCAAAAUACAUGUCUUCCAUCCAAGUUUCUCUGCUCAUUGAGGAAGGUUUUCAAAUUAACAGCAGAAUUAAACUCUUGGAUCUUCAACUCCUCUCUGCACGACCCAGGGAGCGAUGCUUGGGCAUAUGCCUCUACAAAGAUCAUAAAAACUGUUGUCCCCAGAAUGCGGUUUGUUCUGUCAGAUUCAUCCUUUGACAUGACAGUGGUGGGCUUCCAGAGAGGUAGUGUGGUGGUCAGGAUGAUGUGCGGUUAUAAUGGGAAUACUACCGCUGAUGAAAGAACUCUCCAGGCCGCUCUGCAGGACACAAUCCGCAAACACUUGGACAACUCCGCCAUAGCUACCUUGAAAAGAGUUUCCCAGAUAUCAAUGGCCCCAGGAGCAGGCUGGAAAGUGGCGACAAUAGUCCUGGGAGUUCUGCUGGGCUUCACUUUGACCGUCGUGGUUGUUGUUCUGAUCAUCACCAUAGCGAGGAGAGCAGCUAGCAAGCUGACCUCAUAUAACAUCGAGCAAACAAAGCACAACAGACAAGUGGUGUCCGAUGACUACUUAGAAGGAUGUCAUUCUUAUCAGGUGUAGUUCAGGGAUUCUUAAAAAGAUGAGAUAAUCUAAACUUUUUUUCACAAAUAUAUUUGAUAAUAUUAACAGAAGUAUCAGCUAUCACACCAUGUAAAGGAACAACCUCCUAAUUCUUUAAGUGUUUCAUAAAAUGCAACUAACUUAACUCCGUCAGACACAAUAAAAGGCAUUACAAUUUUACAUUUAUUGUUGAACAAGUGUUUAAUAAAGGCCUUGAUUGUUUAAUUGUAACAUUCGAUUAUUAAAAAAUGU